AUGGCGCUCAAGUGGUUCGAGCUCGUUGGCAUCGAUGACCCUCCUCCUCCUCGGUGCGUGCUGUUAGCGGAGGACGCACUAAUCCUGAGCUUACGGAAAGCUGCUUUCCACGACAUCCGCCACGUUCUCUCUGCGAAUGUAUUCGCAUCCUUCCUCAAAGUAUACACGAAUAGAGCGGCCUACAACGCUGCGGAUCGACAGGAAUUGCCAGAUAAAUUGCCGGUUGGCGCCCUCGGUGGCUCAAAGGACGAUGCGCUCGUUGUGAAGGUGUCGAUGCGAUGGACGACAACGAACUUUGAUGCGUCCUCACAACCGUUCGUCGACGACGACAGUCAACUUUCAACUUGGAAGCUCGACGCUGCUGCGAUCGCCGGUUUUGGAGUUCGUUGUCCAAGUGACAAGCUUGUUUUAUUUCGCCGACCGGACGCGAUCAAGGUGUUCAACUUCUUGCGAGACGAUGUCAUACGUGACGGCCGCUGUGGCUACAUUUUGGGCCCUCCCGGGUCUGGGAAGUCAGCAACUGCGGCGGCAUUUGCUUUGGCGCUGGCUCGCACUCGAUGGGUGGUCACGUGGAUUCAUCUCGGGUGCAUGGCUCCUCCAGAAUGUGUGCGCUUAGAGAGGAAUCUGAAGACAACACUCACGCUGGGUUAUCAUUACCUCGAGGGUGGUGGACUUGGACAGAUUUUGAGUGAAGUUGAUGAUACGGAAAACCACAUCGUGUUUGUUGAUGACGUGGCGCUGCCAAAUGAUGCGGAAUUACUGGUUUGCAAACGAUGGCUUAGGCGAAAUCGCCUUAAACGCCGACUUGUCGUGGUGCCGUCGGUGUUAUAUCGCAGGAUCGACGAGAGUACUGAUAUGGACAUCAGCGAGAUGGUUGUAUCGCCAUGGACGCUAAGUGAAUAUUUCGGCGCAGUCGAAGAUGACGAGCUGUUUCAACACGUGAGACCGCAGCUGGACGCGUCAGAUGACAACGCAGCUGCCGAUGUCGACGCUAUCGAGACAUUCAGUGGAUCUACCUACACCGACUCCACCAACUUUUGGCGCCGCUCACUCGUGCGAUCGAAGUAUUAUUUUGCUGGUGGAAAUGCUCGGUAUAUGUUCAGCUUUCCAACUGCGAAAGUCUCUUCGUUCCUGGAUCAAACUGUCCGUGCGUUGUCGGACGAUCUGCUCAUGCAUGCCUGGUCGAAGGGGAUGAUCAGUUGA